AAAGAGGCUCUGGGAGGUGCUUCGACGCAAGAGCUUCUUGCUUUUUUCCUCUUAUUCCACGUCCACUUUUUCUAGCUGCAGCUUCACAUUCAGUCUAUAUAUCGCUUGUGCGUUGUGAAUAUUGUCCUUUCACUGCACAUACGCUUUUUGUCGUUGUCGGCUGCACGUGUUGACUUUGAGGAGGGAAACGAAGCAAACACGACGAAACCGAGCACUCCUGUAUUCAACCGGUUUCUUAUUAUCUGGACUGGUCGCACUACGACUUCACAGUCUUAUCGACGUCGCUUCCGAACUUCUAGAACUCCAAUCCUCAGGUGCUCUUGUGGUCGGGAUAUUGCGCGGUGAUACACGAUACCGUUAUCGCAACACAAUAGAUCGAAGAUUUGUAUCAGGGCUCAACGAAAGACAGAGCAUACGACUCUUCCGACCGGGCGGGCACAAACACUAGCACUUCGUCUAGCACUUCUACAACAUGUCUGAACAGCCACUGCUCCAGAGUGCUCCUGGCAAGCGCAUUGCCCUUCCUACACGAGUCGAACCCAAAGUCUUCUUCGCCAACGAGCGUACCUUUCUCUCAUGGCUCAACUUUACCGUCAUUCUAGGUGGUCUGGCUGUGGGUCUCCUGAAUUUUGGUGAUAAGGUCGGCCGCAUUUCUGCGGGAUUGUUCACACUGGUGGCUAUGGCCGCCAUGAUAUAUGCGCUCUUCACGUUCCACUGGCGAGCGAAGAGCAUCAGGGUCAGAGGUCAAGGUGGAUUUGAUGACAGGAUCGGACCUACUGUUUUGGCUCUUGCUCUGCUGGCAGCUGUUGUUGUCAACUUUGUGCUCAGAAUUGUUGAGUCGUAAUCGGAUCCAGCUCACACGAUAUGUAUCACCUUGCGGACAGAACAAAACAGGACGGGCGUCAAUCAGGUACAUAAUUGGGUAUCGUGCAUAAAGAAUUGUAGA